AUGGCAGAGUCACAGAUUGCGUCCGAGGCCAGCAACGCCCGCUCAUCAUCAUCAUCUGAAGCUGCUGAAGCGGGGCAGCAUCAUGACCGCAAUGCUCACCUUCUGCCCUCGCGUGCUAUCUCGCUCAAUCUAGCCAGUGCAAACACCAGUCAUGGCCGGCCUGCUGCUGUCAAACACAUGUCCCUGCCGGCAUACCAGAGCCCCAUAAGACACCACAAACGAACCGCCUCGAGAACAACCACCGUCAAGGAAACACUCAAUGCGCGCACACAGCAUGGCUCCAGCGACGACGACGGCGCAGCCGUCCACAAGAUCAACCAAUACAUCAUCAAGCAAGAAAUCGGCCGCGGCUCCUUCGGCGCAGUCCACCUAGCCGUCGACCAAUUCGACAAAGAAUAUGCCGUCAAGGAGUUUUCCAAAUCGCGCUUGCGCAAGCGCGCCCAAUCCAAUCUACUGCGACGACCGAAUCAACGUCGACAGCCCUUCCACCGAAUGACCACUGCGGACAAACUCGCUCCGCAAGGGAACAACUCGUUGGACUUGAUCAAAGAAGAGAUCGCGAUCAUGAAGAAGUUGCAUCAUACCAACCUCGUUGCGCUGAUCGAGGUCUUGGAUGACCCGGAGGAAGAUUCGCUGUAUAUGGUUUUGGAGAUGUGUAAGAAGGGCGUCGUCAUGAAGGUUGGUAUUGACGACAGAGCCGACCCUUAUGACGAAGAGACAUGCAGAUGCUGGUUCCGCGAUAUGAUUUUGGGCAUCGAGUAUCUACACGCUCAAGGAAUCGUACAUCGCGACAUCAAACCCGACAAUUGUCUGAUCGACGAAGAUGACGUUCUCAAGAUCGUCGACUUUGGUGUAUCGGAAAUGUUCGAGAAAGAGUCUGAUAUGACUACAGCAAAAUCUGCGGGUUCGCCUGCGUUCAUGCCUCCAGAACUGUGUGUCGCCAAACACGGCAAUGUUUCUGGCCGAGCUGCUGAUAUCUGGUCUAUGGGAGUCACGCUAUACUGUCUCAGAUACGGUAGAAUCCCAUUCGAGAAGACGCACCUGCUUGAUAUGUACCAAGCCAUUCGCUCUGACGGAUUUACAUUACCCGAGGAACAAAACUCGACUUUUGAAGAUCUUAUUCGUAGGAUUCUGGAGAAGGAUCCCGAACGCAGGAUCAAGAUGGAGGAACUCAGGACGCAUCCAUGGGUCACCAAAAAUGGAGAGGAUCCAUUGCUCUCUGCGGAAGAGAAUUGUGCCGACAUGGUUGACACACCGACUGAAGAGGAGAUGAAUCGCGCCAUCACGGGCAAUAUGAAGCAUCUUUUGGUUGUGAUGAAAGCCGUCAAACGCUUCAAAAAACUCCUCUUCCGCAAACGCCCAGAACUAAUGGAUGGUCUCUUCGGCCGCGCAUCCCGCAUAGUAGCUCCUCCCGGUAGUAUCGAAACCAAAUACAGACGCACACGCAGCAGCGACGCCGACGACAGAAAACCAAUGGAAGGGGUCCUCGCAGCAGAAGGUAUCCAUCACGAUAUCGUGGUAUCAGACGACAUGGUAUGCAGUCCCGGAGAAAUGGAUGACCCAGCAACAAACCCCAUACACGAAGCCCUCGAACAUGAAGAAGAUGCAGACAAAGAUGCACAACAAGAUUCUGUGGACCGCGCUCUCAAGGGACCUUCACAUAAAGGACAUGCUCAUGACCCGUUGUCUGAAACAACAUAUCUAGGCAUCGGCACCGGAACUUCUUCACCUUCAACGACCCCUUCUCAAAAAACACAAGACGACAAUGCGCAAACUCAUGUCGUUUGCGAAUCUCCUGGUGCAGUCGACAGCAACUUUUUCGAACAGGCCUAUCAAGAAGAAAUGAAACGUAUACACAGCAGACGAGGAAGAGAACCUACCAUCUAUCUUACUCGCCGCGUUGAGAAUAACAAGGAGAUUGCUGGGCAUGAAAGUGUUAUUCGCGAUGCGUCUGAACCGGCGCAACAAAGUGCUAAGAGCAAAUGGGCUGGUUUGGCGAGUGCAGUCCGUGGCAAUGAUGGUAGUGAGGCUGCGAAGUCUGGAGCUGAGGACAACGAUGAUUGA